AUGGGGUACGAUUCAAAGCAGCGCCCAGACCCUGCCUGCUCCGGGCCUGUUUUCAGCCUGAGCUCCCACCACCAAGCGAAUGACGUCCUGUGGGUCCCGCAAGCUCCCAGGCAGCACCUGGUUCCUGCCAGCUGCCUCCCGGCUGCACCAGCAGCUCCGAGCAGACUCGAGAAGCACCCAAGAACCCGAGGAUUCCGAGCCUCUCUCAUCUGUGUCCUCGAGCCUGUAUUGCGCACUUCUUUCGUGCAUUUCGGGCGAGGAUGCCACGCCAAAGUGUGUAUCUGCGGGAGGGGUCCUGGGAAGUGGGGAAAGCCCCCUGCGGACAAGGCUGCCCGGAACCUCUCGUCUCUUUCCCGACUUGGCUCGCCCGUGACUACGCCCACCCCCGCCUCCCAGGACCUCCGGCCGCCUCCCGCCGCCUCCAAGCGCACAUGCCAGCCCGCCCCGCGGAAGGAUCCGACCCACCCGGCCGCACCACACUCGGCCCGCACUCUGAUUGGCUGGCGGAGAGCUGGCCUCACAUCAGCCCAGGCGGCCGCGCGGCGGAGAGCCGACCUGAGCACCAACCAAUCGCAAGGCGCUCCGGUGCGUGAGGCGCGCCUCUCAGCCAAUCCAAAACGGGAACCGGAAAAAGGCGUGCCCAAUCGGAGCUGGGUAGGAGGGCGGGGUCACCCUUCGACCGUGAAGGCCGACCGCUGUCACCUUGACAACCCCGCGAGUUGGGCCGGUCCCACCGGCCUGUCUUCCGCGGGUCCUCCAGGAGUCACCCUUGGCCUCCCUGCCUCAGCGCCUGGGGCUGCACUCCGCCGGGAAGAGUCAGGACACGCUCGUUCUCCCCGGUCCGCAUUCUGCUGUGAUGCUGAGGCGCCCGACGGCGCGGCUCGGCGCACGUGGGGCAUCGGCGGGAGCCCCGUCGGGGGUGGGGGGCGAUACGAAGUCCUCGGUCCGGAAGUGCUUGUGAUAAUGUCCUCUCCAGUCAGGACAGUCCAACUCGAAACCAGAGCCGACUGAAAUAAAUAUAAAAAAGUACCGAACUA